CAUCAAACAAGUGCUAGAGACCCUGGCUUGAGUGAAGGCGCCGCGCCAUUCAGAAGGGCGUUGGCGGCCAUAGGCACACCACGGUGAGCCCUCCAGUUGCCUCAGACCGAAAUCAUCUAGGGCAGUCCUCAUCCUAGCUGGUUAACAUGUGGACUCCGAGCGCGCUGCUGAACCCGGGGAAGGCCGGGGCGGCCGACCCGCCACCCCGGCCGCAGUCUGCCGGCGCCAUUACGGGCUCCUCUACCCGCUCUGAUGCAUCUGCGCAGCCAGAGCUUUCUUUCCAAUUCGCCAGUCCCGGCCAACUCCUUGCCGUAGACUUCGCGGGUACUCCCACCCCAUCGGCUGGAACGGCCUGUGGUGAGAAUGUUACGAAGCACCAUCCUCCAACUAUGCCUGUCUAUCAAAACGGCUUAAGUCGCAGCAUUGAACGCCUGCACAAUGUGCAAGAGCGCCCGGCUGUACCGCAGCCAAAGCGCAGAAAGACCACAAACGAGAACGAUCCCACGCCCCUGCUCCCCGCGCACAACUCAUUCUCCGCCUUCCCCGGAGCGGGCACUAGCAUUCUUACUCAGCACCUCAAGAUGCAGCAGCAUGCCGAGCCUAGCCAGCCAAAGCCGGCACAGAAGCCCUCCGAAACGAUCGACCUGACCGGGGGCGACACUGAGCCGGCGUCGCAGAGCCCGACGCCUCAGAACCCAGCCCCCAAGCACGAGGAGGUCUGCUAUGGGAUGGUCGAGGGCGCCUCGAUCAAUUGCCACAGGGUCCCGGCACCGAAACCCGGCAUGGUCUCCAUCAACGGCGAUGGGUACUGGCCGCAGGUCAAGGUCGUGUUGAAGCGCAAGGCAGAUGAUCAGACAAACAGGAUCUACGUAUACGACCACACGCGCCACAUCUUUGGGACAGUCGAUGUCAAGACGGCCGAGUGCCUCGUCCCACUCUUGGAUUCGGCCUUGCAAAUACGCACAGAUUGCCGGAUACCCUCCAGGCGCAAGCUCCCGGGCGAGCAAGUCGGCCAACCGGCCUCUUUCAGCUGCAAGUUCGACCUGAUGGUCUACGGUCCCCGGAAGUUCGCCAACCAGGUCGGCAAUCACAUGCUCUCAAAGAAGGUCAACCUCGUGAGCCCGCCGCGGGUGGAGAGCGGGGUCAAGGUUUUCAACCCCAUGGCGGCGGAGAAUAGGCUCCCUACAACCUCCCGCUUGAGCAGCGCGAGCAGUAGCAACCAGCACCGCCCGCCUCCCGUGGUGCGCACGGUCGAGGAGAUUCGUUCCGAAGUCUUGGGCGUGUUCGACUCCCUCCCCAAAUCCGAAGACCUGCCCGAAGCGGAGCCUGAUUCGCGGAUCCAGACAACCCUGCUCAAGCAUCAGCGGCAGGCUCUCUACUUUAUGACGGCCCGAGAAGCUGAGCAGCUGCCUGACUCUGGCAAGGCUCUAAUCACGUCUACCUGGCAGCGCAAGAAGGACCGCUUUGGCGGAGUCGUCUACUACAAUGUCGUCACGAACCAGACCCAGCGGGAGCCGCCCCCGUCUACUCUGGGCGGCAUCCUCGCCGAUAUGAUGGGUUUGGGAAAGACCCUCAGUGUGCUUUCGCUCGUCACCAAGACGCUCGACGCCGCAGAGCGCUGGUCCCGGCUUCCUCCUCAGCAGCCCAAAGCCCCCGAGAGGAAACCACAACACCCAUUCCAACAACAGUUCGAGGUGCCGAGACCCGCAGCCCUCGGCCUCACGCCGCUGCGGCAAAACGCAAAAGCCACGCUUCUCGUCUGUCCUCUGAGCACCGUCACCAAUUGGGAAGAGCAGAUCAAGCAACACAUCAAACCGGGUUCGAUCACGUACCACAUCUAUCACGGGCCCAACCGGAUCAAAGACGUCGCGCAACUAGCACAGUUUGACCUCGUCAUCACCACCUAUGGCUCCGUCGUCAGCGAACUCAAUUCCCGGAGCAAGCGGAAGCAGGGCACGUACCCCCUCGAGGAGAUCGGUUGGUUUCGCAUCGUCCUCGACGAAGCACAUACGAUCCGGGAGCAGAACACCUUGGCUUUCAAGUCGAUUUGCCGCCUACAGGCGAACCGCCGCUGGGCUGUCACCGGGACGCCGGUCCAGAACAAGCUGGAGGACCUUGCUGCGCUCCUAGCCUUCCUGCGGCUGAAGCCGUUCGACGAGAGGAGCAAGUUCGUGCAGUUUAUCAUCCAGCCUUUCAAGGCUGCGGAUCCGGAGAUUGUGCCCAAGCUCCGAGUUCUCAUCGAUACGAUCACGUUGCGACGUCUCAAGGACAAGAUCCACCUACCCGAACGCAUCGACGAGGUCGUCAAGCUGGACUUCACCCCCGAGGAGCGGCAGGUGUACGAUUGGUUUGCAAAGACGGCACAGGAUCGUGUCCGAGCCUUGACUGGUCAGGCCAUAGGCCAAGACCGCAUCGUGGGCGGCCGGACCAUGAUUCACAUUUUGCGAUCCAUUCUGCAGCUCCGCUUGAUCUGUGCUCAUGGCAAAGACCUUCUGAGCGACGAGGACCUCGCCGACCUCCAGGGCAUGACCGCCGACACCCCCAUUGACCUCGAUAGGGACGACGACGAUGAGCAGUCCGUACUCUCGGAGAAGAAGGCAUAUGAGAUGCUGUACCUUAUGCAGGAGGGGAACAGCGACAAUUGCUCUAGGUGCAACACCAAGCUGGGGGCCAUCGAGGUAGACGACCCCGAGUCUGACCGCCAGGACGAUAUUCUGGGCUACAUGGCACGCUGUUUUCACACGUACUGCCCAUCCUGCGUGAACCUGGUACGAAACGAGCAGACCGGCUGCGACGCAUGCGCCGGGCUUGUGAAGUCGUCUUGCGUUGAGCUGCGGCGCAAGCGCGCCGAGAUUGAGCACGAGUCUCGCGUAGCAAAGAACAAGGGGGGCACCAACAAGAUCAUUCCCGACGACCGCUACACUGGGCCGCAUACCAAAACUCGUGCUCUCAUCGAGGAGUUGCUUGCCAACAAGGAGAAGAGCGCCAUGCACCCCAACGAGCCUCCUUUCAAGUCGGUUGUCUUCUCUGGCUGGACUUCCCACCUCGACCUCAUUCAGAUCGCGCUUGACAAUGCGGGCAUUACCUACACCCGACUCGACGGCAAAAUGUCCCGGCCAGCUCGAAACGCCGCGAUGGAUGCGUUCCGCGAGGACAAGUCGGUGCAGGUUAUCUUGGUCAGCCUCAUGGCUGGCGGCUUGGGCCUUAACCUGACGGCUGGCAACACCGUAUACGUCAUGGAACCACAGUUCAACCCUGCCGCCGAGGCGCAGGCCGUGGAUCGCGUCCACCGCCUAGGACAGACGCGCUGCGUGCGUACAGUUCGCUUCAUCAUGAAGGAUAGUUUCGAGGAGAAGAUGCUUCAGCUACAGGACAAGAAGAAGAAGUUGGCCAGCCUCAGCAUGGAUCGCGAUCCGAAUGACAGGGUUACCGACCGUACCGAGGCUGCCCGACAGCGCUUGAUGGACCUGCGCAGCCUCUUCAAAUAGCAGGCCGGCGUUCUUUUUUACACGAUACCUUGCCUUUUGAACACCGUUUCCACAGCAGACUUUUCUUGGGGUGGCUUCCCCCCCCCCCCACACACACACACCAAGAUUUCAAUGCGAUAUUUACGACUUGAGACAGACAAGACCUCAUAAGCAUGAGGCGACUGGCAA